GGACCGUGAUUUUGUGUGCACCGUUUCGUAUUGGUAGAGGUGUAACUGAUGGAAGAGAAACAUCGAAGCAGGUUGUAUUAAAACAUGGAAGGAAACUGAUUCAUGUAUGCGAUGAAGAUUCAAGGGCAGGACCAACACACGAUGGAGCAGGUGCCUGAGGAUGCUGUGGGCAGGCAGGUGUUGUGUGAUGGAGAACGGGCCACGGUGCGAUACGUCGGGACAGUUCCGCCUACCACAGGAUUGUGGCUUGGUGUGGAGUGGGACAAUCCAGAGAGAGGUAAACACGACGGAAGCCAUGAAGGAGUUCGAUACUUCACGUGCAGUCACCCAACAGGUGGCUCGUUCGUGCGACCUAAAAAAGCCAGCUUUGGCGUGGACUACCUGUCUGCAGUAAAGCAGCGCUAUGAGAUGGAGCUGCAGGACGCCAUUGGAGACGAGGUAACGAUUUCCACCAAGACUGUGAAGAUGGUCGGCUUUGAGUCUAUUGUAGAAAAACAGAGAUUGGAUAAUCUAACAGAGAUCGCUCUCAUGAACUGUGGAGUGUCAGGUCCAGGACCUGAAAAUGAAAUCAGGAAAAACACACCCAAUGUCGUUUCUUUGGAUCUGUCUGGAAAUCUUCUGAGCUCGUGGGAGGUUGUGGCAGCAAUUACAGAGCAGCUAGAGGAACUGCAGGUACUCUAUCUCAGCCAUAAUCAACUAAGGAUUUCCUCGAACCCGUCCAACAUGAGCCACGCCUUCUCCCAUCUAAGAGUCCUGAUGCUUAACGGCUGUGCUAUCACCUGGUCUCAGGUGCUCCAGUGCGCCCCCAUGUGGCCACAAAUAGAAGAGCUUGUUCUCAAGGAUAAUGAUAUAACUGAACUAAAAAGGCCUGUAGAUGUGCUGCAAGAUUUGAAGGUUCUUGACUUGUCCAACAACAAUUUAACACAGGGAAGUGUACUACAAUUAUCACAUCUACCCAGGUUGGAGAAACUGAACCUCUGCAGCACAGGACUGUCUGACAUUCAGUUCAAUGACACAUUACCAGGCACCAAGACUUCAGCGUUCCCUGCACUGAAGAUUCUUUUGCUUGAUGAUAAUAAAAUUACUGAGUGGGCUGUUAUUAAUGAGCUGGAUAAGCUGAGGGCUUUGGUGCAGUUAUCCUGCUGUCGAAACCCAUUGAUGGAUUCGGAGAAGAACCGAGAGACAACUUGGCAGCUCCUCAUCGCCCGCAUCAGCCAGCUGGAGAUACUCAACAGGAGUCAGGUGCUGCAGGUGGAUAGAAGAGGCGCUGAGCUAGAUUACUGUAAGAAGUUUGGUCGUGCUUGGCUGCAGGCUGGAGGCCACAGAGAUCCGACGCUGAACCGACCCAGUGCAGAGUUUAUAGCACAGCACCCUCGCUACUUGACGCUUAUCCAGAAAUAUGGUGCACCUGACGAAGCUGAGCUGAAGGAGCAGAAACCGUUUGCUCUGAAAGACCAGCUUCUGACGAUUACGUUCGAGUGUCCUAAGGACACAGAGAGGAAACCCAUACAGAAGAAGCUUCCAGACUCGAUGAUCGUUCAGAAAGUGAAGGGACUGCUGUGUAGAUUAUUGAAACUACCAGGUGCUGAGCUACACCUCACCUACACCAGCUCAAAGGUGGCAGGUAAAGAGAUCGCAAUUGAAAAUGACCUGAAGCCACUGCAGUUCUACUCGAUAGAAGAUGGGGACAGAAUUCUGGUACGCUGGUCCUGAGGACGCAGUUCGACUCUGGCCCAGUGGACUCUGGGUGAUUGUUAGUCCCCUGCCAUAAUGCGCUAAUACAGAACGCUGCACAACGUGAGCUCCUCCCACUCUUCUCUCCAUCUUUUCCCAGUGUCUGGAUGACAAUGCUGAUGCUGGAAGGUCUUGAGAGAGAAUGGUGUGAACACAGCUCCUGUGGUCUUACCUUUCAUGUGUCUGUCUGCCGAGGGACAGACAGAGUAAAGUUAUAAUAUUAGAUGUUGUUAUGCCUUGAUUUCAGAAUCUGUCUAGAUCAUGUAGAGAGGAAUCUGUGUUUUCCCUGCUCUAACAGUAGGCACAUUUCCAACAAUUCCUGCUUUGUUUCCAUCAUUUCCUAUCAAACUGCAGCUUUCCAGGGCACGUGGCUUAGAAGCGGUUAAGUUUGUGUAAGAUGUAUUAGUGUGUGUGAGAUGUGGUAUGUUGUUGAAUAUACAGCUGUAGUCAUUGGCUAGAAACCAAAUCCAAAACUAAUUAACAUAAACCAAUUAUCAGGAUGGAGAAUAAUUCACCAGGUCUGUAAGCUGCUUCUUCUUCACCUCUUUGGUUGCUGUUGUUUUAUCGCUGUUCUGCUCUCUUCCUUCAGCUUUCCCACUGGCCCUUGACCCUACCCCCAAAAUUUCAUAACCAUCAUUAGAAAAUGUUUUGACAAAAACACACCUGGGUGGCUGUUAGUAUACUUUGUGGUCAGCGUAUAACAUCUGGUAAACUGAACUGGUAGUAAUUGCUGAUAUAUGUGAAGCUUACAUUUGACAAAUCAGUGACAAGUAACAAGCUGCAUAAAAUACAAUAAUCCCCAGAAUACAUGAUGAUGUGAUUGUUCAUCCCCCCUCUCCCAGGGAUUACUGUACACUCACACUUUAACUCUACAACUAUUUUACCCAAUGUUGAACCUCUCUAAAUAGCACUCUCUUGGUGAAGUAGCAAAAUUAAAGAUUUCUUAAACCUUGUAAA